AUGUCACCAAAUAUGACAACAAUUUCUGCUGUAACAAAUUCAUUGACAAGCACAGUACCAUCAUUCAUUGUUGAAAACUUCCGUAAUAAACGACAAUUUUGGCACGAUUAUAGUUACGAUAGCUAUUACGGAUAUGGAUUCCAAUGGCAUCGAGUAAUCCUCAGUAUUCUGUUCUUAAUAGCAUUAUUCCUAUGUUGCUUGGUACCUUGUAUAUGUGCGCUUGGAAUUUGGUUCGCAGGUUGGUUUGGACUACGUAAUCAGGCUACCAGUAAAGGUAACAUUAAUUCUCCGGUUGCUACAAAUGCCUACACACAACAACAGCAACAACCUGUUAUACCACCACAAGAAACUGUGAUGCCGCAGAAUUCCGCACCAACUGGAUCAGGAAAUUCUCGAGAACGUAUGGACUCUUACAUUUAUGAGGAAAAACGUAGCGAUCGCUUUUAUCAUCGACCUCCAUCGCCACGUUUACAUGAUGACUAUCGACGACCUUUCACGUCUUCCAAACUGUAA